UUCCCUUGUAAAAGGAAAAUAAUGGUCUAAUUUUCCCACUGUUAGAUUAUACUUGGACAAGGUUCAUUUUUUUGCAUUCAGCAUAAUGGCUUCUGCAUUUUACAAAUUAAUUAUCAGGAAUGCUGAUAAAUUUGUUCCUGCAAGAAUGCAGCCAUUGUGGAAUCAUCCAGCAGGUCCAAAAACUGUAUUCUUCUGGGCCCCCUGUUUUAAAUGGGGCUUGGUCAUUGCCGGCCUUGGUGAUCUAAAAAGACCUGCUGAGAAGCUCUCGGUCUCACAGUCUGGAGCUUUGGCAGCAACUGGACUAAUCUGGUCAAGAUACUCGCUGGUCAUCACACCCAGAAACUUGAAUCUCUUCAGUGUGAACCUGUUUGUUGCUGUGACUGGGUGUUAUCAGCUCUACCGUGUGUUUAGGUACAACCAGGAUCAAAAAGCUCUGAAGAACUCGUCUGCUGCCAGCAACUAGCAUCUGUUUAGAUAAUCUCAUUGCAAUUAUCUAAGUUUCUAAAGAACGUGUCAAAUUUGUUUUGCAUGUUUACGUUUGAAAAGUUUACAUUUAUUGUUGCGACUUUUAGGCAUUUCCGAUUGAGCCAUUUGAUUAUCAGGCCAGACCUAAGCAUUGUAGUCUCCCUCCAGAGUCCAAACUGCUAUGAAGCAUAUUACUUUGUUGUGAAAACGUGUUAUUCACAAUACGACGGAUGUUCAUUGUCUACAUUUAGAUGAGCUACCUCUUAUUUGGAAUUAAUGCCGAAAUUAUCUAAAAGUAGAAAAAUACAGGAUUCGUAUACUGUUGUUCUGCAUCUUUUAGAUGCUGCAUUACUUUGUGAAUAUUCAAGGCAUUGUCUGUGGACACAUUGUGUACCAUGUUUGAUGCCAUCUUUAUCUAAUGCCCGUGUAACUUGAGUUGCCGUCGGGAGACGUGCAAUAUGGAGUUUCAGGUUUAAGUUUCCUCUAAAAAAAAUGUAUUCAAUUAAUAAUUCUGUCUUUCUUGAAGGCAGCUUAUUCUUUGUCUCUUGUUAUAUCAUGUUUUCAUGCUUUCAUUCCUCUCCUCAAAAACCGUUCUAAAGUUGAUGUUUGGAUUGAUGUCACAGGUAAUUUUCAUUUUAAUUCAGAAAUAAUUGGUUAUCAAAACCUUAUGACAGUGCAAAUAAGGAACGAAUAAUUAUAAUGUAACUUUUGAUGCGUAAUAACGUUAUGGCUGAUACGAUUAUUACCUAUUAUUGCCUUGCUUGAAUAAUUAUCAAUGUAAAAGUCCUACAAAUCUGCUCACAACGGAACACCUUUAGUGGUUUGAACGUAUUAGUUAAUAAACUCUUCUGUUCACAGUGUGGUGAAUUUUGUUCAAAUUUAUGUUUUGUUUACUUGAUUUCGUCUUCCUUAGGAUACAAAUAUAUUCAUUUGAUAUUAAUUGACCCUGUUUAUUUUUUUUUUCUAUGUGCAGGUUGUAAGUGUAUUGCUCAAAGCUUGUUUACUCGUAGAUAUAGCCUGUGGCUGAAACAUCCCUAGCAGCCGACCGAAUUUUAUCUAACUAACGCACAUAAAAUGUGAUGAGCUGUCCUCCUUUUCCCUGUUAUAAUCGCACUCUUCCAGGAUAUUAUUUAUUUUCUAAUGAAAGCUCAUCGCCCUAAUGCUUUAAUCUCUAAAUUUGACUUUUCUACUCCAAAACUAUCGAAAUUGCAUCCUAAAUCAGAGGAUAAAAUCUUCGGACAUCUGCUUUGAAGUUUUGAUCAUUGAGAGAAGGAAUAAGUGACACAGCCUUUCAGCAUAUGGCAUUCACUCGCCUAUAAUGUGAACGAUUUAUGGAUUAUCAAUGUUGCGAAAAACCUAUGUUACGUCUCGCAUUUCAGCUCGAAUGAAGGAGUUAUAUAAGUAACUCCCGUAUCUCUCCAGUCAUCAGUUUGUUCGCUCCCCUCCACUCGUAAGUGGUACGUAUUUAACAUCACAUUCUUGGUAUUGAAAGACUUUUUCAGAUAUUUAUUUUCAAUAUGGAAAAAUUCCUUCAUGUUUUGCUCGCAUUGUUUCAUGGGCUCAGUCGGAAUUGCCUAAAUGUAUUGUUUGAUGACAUGAGUUUUGUACUCUUAGUUGUCCGCCAGGACAGACAAUUAUUCUCUAAACAUCUAUUACUUGCUGAUAACUUGUUCUUGGAUGCUAUUGCAAUUCUCUGUUUGCUUUACCAAAAUUCGUUGGGUAAGCACUCUGACCGCAGUACGCGUAGUUUCGGCACUUACGUGUAUGUAAAUAUGAUUGCCAGAUUUUAUUUUCGUUAAGAGCAUUUGCCACUCUUGUGAACUGUUAAAUAUUGUUGCUUGAUCUA